UGUUUGAAAGUCGCCUUUUGGUUGUUAAAGACUGAGAGUGCUUUCUGUGAAAUAUGAGUCACGAACAGAGCGAGAGGAGCACCUUUCGCCCGCGUAACGAACCUCAGCAAGCUUGGCUCUUCCCCAGAGGGAGUAAAACAGAACAGCCUACGUGUGUUGUAUAUUUAUUAAAUAUUGUAGCUCGGCAAAGGCAAUAUGGUGCACGAUAAUGAAAGGAAAACAUCACCACAUGUAUCAAGGACCGGGAUACAUAAUGCAAAAGCAAAGAAGAGAAGGAGACAAGCGACAGCCACAGGUUUAUCUCCCAUCCACCUCCCAAACCAGACGAGAUGACGUCCGAGCUAGCCUUGCGCGGCUGGGAUGCGCAGAAAACACUACGUUGUCCAGAUUCUUUGUGUCAUGCCUAACAUACCAUCGGCUGGGGCCUUCAAGUCUAAAAUUUAGUUUAAAUUCAUCCAGAGUUGCUUAGGAACUGUCAGAAGACUAAGAAAGUUCUUGGCUGUCGGCAUGGACAUGGUGUCGGGACAGUCAGAAAUGUCAGGUGCCUGGAGCAGCAAUGGAGAAGGUGCACCACCAGCUGGAGACUCGUUGGGCAGUGAUGACAAAGGGGAACCUGGCGAGGACUUGUCUGAUGCAGAGGGUGUUUGGAGUCCUGAUAUUGAACAAAGCUUUCAGGAGGCGCUAGCCAUCUAUCCGCCAUGUGGCCGUCGAAAAAUUAUAUUGUCAGAUGAAGGAAAGAUGUAUGGUCGCAAUGAACUUAUUGCAAGGUACAUCAAACUUCGCACAGGGAAAACACGUACUCGUAAACAAGUGUCAUCCCACAUCCAGGUGCUAGCACGGAGGAAAGCAAAAGAGAUCCAGUCACAGUUGAAGACAAACCUUCAGGAUCAGGCAGCACGAGACAAAGCCUUGCAGCAGAUGGCUUCCAUGUCCUCAGCACAGAUUGUUUCUGCCUCUGCUAUUCACAACAAGGCCAUGGGGUCUGGACUGACAGGUCUUCCCCCGGGUGUAUCACCAUCUUCUGUUCGUCCUCCGUAUCCUGGGGCACCAGCUAUAUGGCAGCCGGGGCUUGGCCAGGGAGAUGUGAAGCCAUUCAGUACUGGCUAUGGCUUUGACUCUAAACUGGGGGCUUCAAUACCGGGAGGUGAUAUGGGUCCCCCAUGGCAGGGGCGAUCAAUUGCUGGACCCAAACUUCGUAUGGUGGAGUUCUCCGCAUUUUUAGAACAGCAGCGGGAUCCAGAAUCUUACCACAAACACCUGUUUGUCCAUAUUGGUGCCAAUGCAACAUACAGUGACCCCAUGCUAGAGGCUGUAGACAUAAGACAAAUCUAUGACAAAUUUCCUGAGAAGAAAGGUGGUCUGAAAGAGCUUUAUGAUAAAGGACCACAGCUUGCUUUCUUUCUGGUCAAGUUUUGGGCUGACAUCAACACUAAUCUACAGGACGAGACUGGGGCAUUCUAUGGUGUCACUAGCCAGUAUGAGAGCAGCGAGAAUAUGACAAUUCAGGUGUCCACAAAGGUGUGCUCCUUUGGCAAGCAGGUGGUAGAGAAGGUUGAGACGGAGUACUCAAGGUUUGAGAAUGGGCGAUUUAUGUAUAGAAUUCAUCGAUCCCCUAUGUGUGAAUACAUGAUCAAUUUCAUCCACAAACUGAAACACUUGCCAGAGAAAUACAUGAUGAACUCUGUGCUAGAGAAUUUCACAAUUCUUCAGGUGGUGACAAAUCGUGAAACACAGGAAACACUUUUGUGCAUUGCAUUUGUCUUUGAAGUAUCUUCCAGUGAGCAUGGAGCACAGCACCACAUUUACAAACUUGUAAAGGAUUGAAGCAGAUCUUGAGGUCAUGGACUGAUUAAGGCCAUGACCUGGAUAACUUUGAAAAAGAUCACCAAAUUUCGAGGAUGAUGGAGGAUUGUGGGCCCAACAGACUCAGAUGUGGGUGACUGCUGAUGGUUGUUUUCUAUUUCCUGCAGCUUGGUUAUAUUAAUCUGCUGCGUCUCAGUGAGAACAGAAAACUGCUGACAACACCAUGAUAAGGGCCUUAUUCAGACCACUCCCUCCAUUCAACAAACACUGGUUCCAGAUUUAAAUACAUGGAACCAUGUCGCUAUUGUGUGUGCAUGCAGUGUUAGGGGUUUGGGUGGGUCAGAGGUGUUCCCCACCCACUUCCCCAACCCCAUUUGUGUGUGGACAAAGUUGGAGGGAAUACUUGGUUUGGAAUACUGUGUGAAGACUACACAGGAUGUGAUCCUGCCUAAUGCACACGUCCUGUUAAAACUGUUUGAGCCAGUUUUUUGCAGAAUAGUGCUGAGAUCCCACCUUCCCAUUUCAGUCACAAGUAUCAUUACAGUGCUACUGCAGAAACUGGGGAAGUCCUGUAUAUCCUUUGCUCUUGAAGUGUCAUUGUUCUUACACGAAUAGGUUCUGUGAGCAAAGAUCUUGCCAAGGGAAAGAAGCCUGGUGACAGAAGCACUAAGUGCAGCUAAAAGAAAGUUCUCCUUUUAAUGAGAACAUGUAGAAGAAACAUAGAAGCUUGGGUUUGUAAUCCGCAGUUGUUUUUUUUUUUUAAAUGUUGUAUCUAAGAUUUUACAUGCAUGCUGUAUAUGAAUAGCAUUUGUGUGGUAUGUUACAUUGAGAAGAAUUGUUUUUGUUUCAACUUUUUUUAAAAGUCCUAUUGCAUGCUAGUAAAAGCGCUUUUAUAAACUUUUUGAAGCCAGUAGAGAUCAAGUAGUAUAAAAAGGGAUGUCAGGUUAUGUACAAAAAAAGAAAAAUCAUGCGCAGUUUUGUUUACUUUUGUUUUUUCUUACUCUUUUGUUUGGUACAAAUGGUUAAAUAGAAGAAACAAAUGUAAUCAAAAAAGUAUGUUUCACUGUGUGUAGUUCUGGGAGAAUGCAAAAAAUCAAAAGAUGAAAGGUGAUGUGGGUUGCUAAAAAUAAUAUUGUGUAGCGAUGUAUUUUUUAAAAAUACACCACGGGAUUGAGAGGUGCCUGCACUAAUAUAAUGCUGCUUCGUGUAAAAGUUUUACAAGAGAGAAAAUGCAUUUUUUGGGAAGUGUUUGCUUAUGCUACAGCAAGAUAAAAAAAACAAACAGUAUGAACUGUGAAACAGUGUGGUAUCAGGUGAAAAGAGGUGGCUGGAGAGAGAGAGGUGGGUGCAGAUGGCAUGAAUAAAACUCUUACCAUCUGUUAAAGUGAAAAGCAUUGCUUUGCAUAUCUAAAGCUGUAGGUGCUUAACUGCUGCUCAUCUUGAGAAAACUGUGACCAUGGGAUUAUCACCUAGAGGUAGCCUCUGAAAUGUUGAAGGACAAAGCUGCAAAUCUUGCUUGUUAGUCAUGCCUUAUAGAUGUUAAUUUGUUAGGGAGAUUCGCAGCUUAUGUCUUUUUGUUGCUUUACUGGCGGUGCGAGUUGACUGUUACUAGACAUGAAACACAGGACUUUGAUCUCUGAUGGUGUUAGUGCUGAUGCAAAAGGAAUUAUGCUGAAGAGUAAAGGAAAAGAUUUUUGUAUCAUUAAGGUGGUUCUUUUGACUCAAGAAAUGCAUUAAAUGAUUGUUCAUGUAA